AUGUUAAUAAAAAUACAAACAGUCCACAACAAAAAACUUAAACGAUUUCUAGAACACAGCGUAUAUCUACUGAUUGUUUUUAUAUUGGUUCCAGGAUUUGUUUAUUUUGAACUGUGCGUUGUGUUACCUACUGUAGUAGAAACAUGGACCGUUCCAUAUAUUAUACAUUAUGUCUGUGCAGCAUUUCUUUUAUAUAACAUAGUUGGAAAUCUGAUAUGUGGUAUGUUUACUGACACUAGUAUUAGAGGGAAAAUUUUAGAAUGUGAAUUUAAGGAAAACUGGACUAUGUGUACUGUGUGCGAGUGUCCACGACCACCUCGUGCAUGGCACUGCGACACCUGUGAUACGUGCAUUAUCAAAAGAGAUCACCAUUGUACAUUUUUCGCAUGUUGUGUAGGCUAUUACAAUCAUAGAUAUUUCAUGUUCUUUACAUUAUAUACAUUCAUAGCUAUGGUGUAUGCAUUUUCUUACAAUGUAAUAUUUUUGUGUAAUUUUACAAGGUGGAACCAUGGUCUAAUAUUAGCUAAGUUUGCAUUGCCUCUUGUUAGUUUUGUAAUAGAUUUUGGUGAAGAGACUUUAUAUGUAUUUUUAAUAGAGUUAAAUUUUAUAAUAGGUGCAUUUACAGGGGCUCUUUUUAUAUUCCAUUUUAAUAAUAUUUUAAAUGGGAGAAUAACUCCAGAAAAAAAGGAUAGUAAUAAAGUAGUAUCUUAUGACAAUGGUACUAAACAAAAUAUAAUCGAAGUAUUUGGACAUAAAUGGUAUUUGUCAUGGAUAUCUCCUUUUAUAAACAGUCCUUUGCCUGGUAAUGGUGUGGAAUGGAAUGUUGAGGAUAAGCAUAAGUAGGUUAAAAAAUACAAAAGUAUAUAAUGUA